AUGAUUAUUAUCAAUUAUCUCUGUUAUAACAGCAUGCAUUUUCAACCAAGUCAGUAACAACAUUUUUCUAUCAAAUUAACGCAUUUAUGUUGUGUGCUUUAUUCUGUUCUGUCACUGGUUGAUUAUUCACCUAUUACUCAGAAUAGAAGCACAAGUUAGUUACACAACUUGUGAAGUUAUUGUAGUCUGAGUUGGUGAAUUGUUUACAGUGACAGUUGUGACAUUUUAAGUAAGCAUGGUUGGCAUCUUUGGAACUUCUAAGAAUUGAAGACAGUACUUAUGGGCUCUGCUUUUUCUGGACUAUCUUGCAUGGUUUUUUUUAAAUAUUUUUUUUUUGUAUUGGAUUUUGUUAUAAAUUCAGGCAUGAAACUCGGCACAAACUGAUUUUUUUUUACUUGUUAUCAGUUAGUCAGAUGGCUCGAUCACAUGUGGUGUGUUAAGCAAAUUGGCUCGCAUGAUGUAAGAUGAUAGGUCCAUUGAUUUGUAAUCUGUUAGCAUACAGAUUAGCAUAUUAGCAUGAAAAAUAAUUCCGAAAAUUGUCAUGACUGAACUACAAUUUGUAACCUUUGGAUCCACAAGGUCUUGAGCCAGUCAAACAUGCAUGCAGAUUUAAUAUAAAAAUGCAAGACCUGGUCUGAGGUGGCAGGGAAUUAGGGUUUAUUUAGAGUUCCCAUUAAAGUUUGGAAUGCUAAAUAAGUUUAAGCACUGCUAAAGCUCUUAGAAGUCAAUGAAGUCUGCUACUAAUCUGAAUGAGUGGCUGAAUAUUGAGGAGUAUGUCAGACGGUCAUAUUCACAAAAUAAACACCAGCAGAACUAAGAUGCAAACCGGAGGUUGAUUCCAGCUGUUCAGCAGUUUCUUUCUUCUCAGGUUACAUUACAUUUAACGCAAAUCAAUAAUUUAUGUCCAUGUAUUUAUUUGGUAAGUAGCCGUGUAAUAAGUGGGAUUAUGUACAGUCAGCCAGUUGUUAUUGCAAAAUAAACCCCUUCAGGUUGAUACAAGACCCUGAUCACCCUGUCAGGGUUUAUUGUGCAAUAACAACUGGCACAGACUGUACUUUAUCCCUUAUGUAUAUCAUGUAGUCCUUCUAAGCAGUAACACUAGUGGAGUUCUAUUAUGACAGAUGGAAUUAGCAAAACUGUUUUGAUUGUAAUCAUCUUCAAUAAGGCUUUGCUCAGACAGCCAAUGAAAAUCAGAUAUAAUAUAAAAAAAUCUGAUAAAAUAUCAGGCAAAAAACAAACAUCAGAAUAUCAUAUUUGUUUGGCAUAUCUGAUACAAAGCAAUUUCAAAUCAGUUUGUAAAGCAGAAGGAAAAAACACAUGAAACCCUAUGUUUACCAACCUAAUCCAAACCACAUCCAUAUGUGAUUCAAAUUUCUGAUUUUGUUUUCAUCAUUCCGAAUGUGACACACAACGUCAUACAAAAAGAGCACAAUGUUGUCUAGAACUGUGUCUGAAUACACUCAUUUUCCCUCACUCUUUCCUCAUUUGUGACAGUCACUAUGUAGUGAUGAGUGAACAAGUCAACCAUUUUGGACACUCUGAAUCUGCAUGAAUAUAUGAAUCUGAUAUUUCUUUCUUUCUUUCUUAAAAGUUCCCUUUUUGUAUAUUCUGUGUAGAGGUAGUUGCAGUGGCUGAGGUGGCCCCAGUAGCAGAAGCAGCCUCAACUUUGGAAAAAGCAGUGGAACUCGCCACCACCACAGAACCUAUCGCUGUGGUGAUUGCUGCAGAACCCACCCCUGCUGCUGCAGAGGCUCCUGCUAGUGAGGCCGUUGUUGCUAUAGAAGAAGCUCCUGCAGAACUCCUGGUUGCAGCAGUAGAGGUUGAGGAAGCCAUUGUAGAGGCAAUAGCUCCUGCUGUUGAGGAUGUUGCUACUAAGGUUCCUGCUGGAGAGACAACUGCUAUCACCAUGUCUGACCGACCUACUAUGGACUGUGAAAAUCAUUGCUGGGUCUACAGCAGAGAUUGCAGCUGCUUCGGUUGGGGAUGAGCAUUUGGUAGCCACAGUGAGGAUGGCUGAGAAGAGUUCUGUGGAGACCCUCAAUGGAUUGGAGGUUACUGAUGUUGACGCAGAGGUCCGUGCAAAAGCAUCUGUAACUGGAAAAGCUGUGUCUGAAGAGCCAGUGAUCAGUGAUUCAAACACUGAGGAUGUAAAAACAGAAGAGGAAUUAGAAGAACAUACCUCUACACAUGCAGGAGAAGAAGAAGCUACAGUUGAAGCUGCAGCAGGUGAGGUUGAAGUUUACGUUGAAGUCCCUGCCUCAAUAGCAGGAGCCUCAGAGGAUCAUGCUGUUAUAGAGGUGGAGGAUGUUUUGGAAGUGGAGGAAGAGAAUACAUUGUGUCAUGAGCCAUUCGCCACUGACGUUGAGCAUGUAGAAGACAUCACAACAACAUCAGUGGCCCUGGAAGAAGCACUACAGACCACAAUACAGACAUCAGAAGAAGAUACUGAAAUAACACUGGAUGCUGAGGAGGAAGCUAAGCCAGCUGAAUCUACAGAAGAAGCUGUCGAACGUGGAAAUAUUAUGAUGGUCAUGCCACAGGCGUGAGGUUCUGUGACAAAAUGCAUACAGAAUACAUAAACAAUUUAAAUUCAGUGCUGUUGCUGUCAUAAUGAGAUGACUUUGAUGCACAUUUUUCUUUCCACUUGGAAAGAGCAAUAUUUUAAUAAACUUUUAUAGUUUGCAGUCUCUGUCAGUCUCUGUUUCCAUGAACCACACAUGUAAAGCUGCUUUUCAAGCACUGGCUUUCUAAAUUUUCAUUUACUCAAAGAUACCUGAAUUAUAGAGGGAGAGUUUCAGAAACAGGUCUUAUAAAAAGAAAAUGCUAUGUGGGGUGAGUUAAUUAUCAUAUCAGACUGUCAAUGCUAUCACAGUCUUGUCGUUCAGUUACUGCAUUUCUGCACGUUGUUAUUUUUAGUCUUUCUCUAAAUUGUUUAUUGUGGGUUUUUUUCCCCAAUCAGUCACUUUAUAUUUUACUCAAGCAAAUAUGCAUUAUUUAUUUAAUGUACUGUAUUUAAUUGAUUUAAUUCCUCUGAAUGUUCGUUAUUUUAAAUCAGCAACCAGAUGCUGUGUUUUGGUUGGAUUCUUCACAUUGUUGUUUUUCUAAUUUAGGUUGAUUUUAACAGAUUUUUAUUUAAUUUAUUUUUUGCAGAAUAUUCAGACAUGGAUGCUAUUAUCAUGCUCUAUAGGCUACUACACUCAUGAAAUUUUAAAAAUAUCACUGUUGCAAAUAUUAUUCAGAUCUGUGUCAUCAUGAAUGUUACAGUGAUACAAUAAACCAAUUAUACAUGGAUGUUUGUUUAUAUAUGUGCAUUAUCAUUAAAACUCACUAUUAAAUAUAGUUAUUUGCCAGUGAAUUUACUGAGUUUUACAUUUCCACAUAUGUAUUUAUGCCUAUAUUUUAUUUGGUUGGCGGUGCAUGAUUUAUUUUGUAUUUUUUAUUUAAAAAGUAUUCUUGUUAAAGAUUCAGUACCUUUGUGGUAUGUUUAAUAAUUCUGAUAACCUAACCUUUCAGAGAAAACUGGCCAUUUUGAUAGGAAUUUUGUCAACUGGAAAAGGAAAAAAUAAUUCAUUUAUUUUGUUUUGCAUAAUAGAAUUCAUAUUAUUCUGGAUAUAAAUGCAUACUAUCUACUGGAUUAUACAAUCGAUUCAGUCAUUAUUUAGCCUACACUUCUUGAAAGAAUCAUAAUUUAGUCAUUUUUGAGUCAUUAUGUU